AUGUUUGACGUUUUUGGCUCCGUUAAGGGGCUCCUCAAGCUCGAUUCUGUGUGCAUCGACAACAAUGUGUUCCGUCUACACUACAAAGCGACUGUGAUCAUUUUGAUUACGUUCUCGCUCCUCGUCACCUCGAGGCAGUACAUCGGGGACCCUAUAGACUGCAUCGUCGAUGAGAUACCGUACGCCGUUAUGGACACCUACUGCUGGAUAUACUCUACGUUCACUAUACCGAACCGGCUCGUCGGACGCGUUGGAAAGGAUGUCGCUCAACCCGGCGUUGCAUCACACGUCGACGGACAAGACGAAGUUAAAUACCACAAAUACUACCAGUGGGUGUGCUUUGUGCUAUUCUUUCAAGCUAUUCUCUUCUAUGUGCCACGCUACUUGUGGAAAACAUGGGAAGGAGGACGUGUUAAAAUGCUUGUACUAGACCUUAAUUGUCCAGUGGUCAGUAGCGAUUGUAAAGCGGACCGAAAAAAGUUACUAGUGGACUACUUUCAUACUAACCUCCACACACAAAACUUUUACGCGUUCCGUUUCUUUAUCUGUGAAGUACUGAACUUUAUAAACGUAGUGGGACAAAUUUAUUUCAUGGACUUUUUCCUGGACGGAGAGUUUUCGACUUAUGGACGGGAUGUCGUUCGUUUUACAGAGAUGGAACCAGAAGAGAGAGAAGAUCCUAUGGCGCGUGUAUUCCCUAAAGUUACUAAAUGUACAUUCCACAAAUAUGGUCCUUCGGGAACUGUUCAGAAGUUCGAUGGGCUCUGCGUACUCCCGCUUAACAUCGUCAAUGAGAAGAUAUAUGUAUUUCUGUGGUUCUGGUUCAUCAUCCUAUCAAUUUUGAGUGGUAUUUCUCUGGUAUAUCGCGCGAUUGUCGUCGCCGGACCGCGUGUACGUUUGUACCUUCUACGUGCGCGCAGUCGUCUCGCACCACAAGAACAAGUGGAGGCCGUGGCCCGCAAACUACAGAUCGGUGACUGGUUCGUGCUGUACCAGCUCGGAAAGAACAUCGAUCCCCUCAUUUACCAGGAGUUAAUGAGUGAUUUAGCGAAGAAGUUCGAAGGGAAGGACGCUGUGUAG